ACAACAGUUUCGCAGAUGAUCACGUGAUCGAAGAUCGACUUCUUCGUUUGUGGCCACGAGGUUUUGUGGUGAAAAUUAAGUUUACCGGGUGGAAAAGGCCCUCUAUUUUUGUAUUUAUACAAAAAUGUCCUCCAGCAAUCCUUUGCCACCCAAAGAAAAUGCCUUGUUUAAGCGAAUUUUGAGGUGUUAUGAACACAAACAAUACAAAAAUGGGUUGAAGUUUGCAAAGCAGAUCUUAUCAAAUCCAAAAUUCAGCGAACAUGGAGAGACUUUGGCGAUGAAAGGUCUGACUUUGAACUGCUUAGGUCGCAAAGAAGAAGCAUACGAUCAUGUACGGCGAGGUCUUAGGAACAGUUUACAGUCUCAUGUAUGCUGGCAUGUUUAUGGACUGUUACAGCGUUCUGAUAAGAAAUACGAUGAGGCUAUCAAAUGUUAUAGAAAUGCUCUUAAAUGGGAUAAAGACAAUAUCCAAAUCCUUAGAGAUUUAUCUUUACUUCAAAUUCAAAUGAGGGAUUUGGAAGGAUAUAGAGAUACAAGAUAUCAAUUGUUUAUGUUACGUCCGACACAACGUGCUUCUUGGAUCGGUUUUGCUAUAUCUUAUCAUUUAUUAAAAGACUAUGAAAUGGCGCUUAAAAUUUUAGAUACAUUUCGAAAUUCACCUAUGAUUUGUUAUGAUUACGAACAUAGUGAGUUGCUGUUAUAUCAAAAUAUGGUUAUUCAAGAAUCUGGAGACAAUGAACAAGCUUUAAAACAUCUUGACAAAUAUCGAUAUCAAAUUUGUGAUAGAGUGACUUUAAAAGAGACGUAUGGUAAACUCAGACUUCAGCUUCAACAGUAUGCAGAAGCAACACAAGUUUACAAAGAAUUAUUAAAUAUCAAUCCUGAAAAUACUACAUAUUAUGCUAAAUUAGCGGAGGCAGAAAGACAUGAAACGCCAGAAGAUACAUUGGUUAUGCUCCAAAGAUACGAAGAAUUGUUUCCUCGUGCGUUAGCACCAAGACGUUUACAAUUGAAUUACGCUACAGGAGAUCAAUUUAAAACAUUAGUCGAUCUAUAUUUACGACGAGGUCUUCAUAAAGGGGUACCACCGUUGUUCGUUAAUCUUCGUUCGUUGUAUAAUGACAAACAAAAAGUUGAGGUUAUUCAAUCUCUUGUUCUGGAAUACAAGGAAGCGUUAAAAGCUCACGGUCACUUUAGUAAUCAAGAAAAAGAUAAUCCACGAGAACCAGCGUCAGCUUUAUUAUGGACUUAUUAUUAUUUAGCUCAACAUUAUGAUUAUCUUGGUCUUACAGAGAAAGCGCUGAACGAGAUUGAUGCUGCCAUAGAUCAUACGCCUACAUUAAUAGAACUGUUUGUUACCAAAGGACGAAUAUUUAAGCACGCUGGGAACGUUCAAGAAGCAUACAAAUGGUUGGAUGAAGCUCAAGGAUUAGAUACUGCUGAUCGAUAUAUUAAUUCUAAAUGUGCCAAAUAUAUGCUACGUGCGAAUUUAAUAAAAGAAGCUGAAGAGACAUGCGGAAAAUUUACAAGAGAAGGAGUGUUAGCGAUGGAAAAUUUAAAUGAAAUGCAGUGUAUGUGGAUACAAAUGGAAGCAGCACAUGCUUAUCAACGUCUUGGAAAAUAUGGAGAAGCAUUAAAGAAAUGUCAUGAAGUCGACAGGGUGAGUUACGCAAAAGGCCGGUAUAAUAUUACAGUAUUAGACCUUAAACAUUUAUGUACAAUUUGCGUAUUAAUCAUUUCGUAUUGUUUACAGCACUUUUCGGAAAUUAUAGAAGAUCAAUUCGACUUUCACACAUAUUGCAUGCGAAAAAUGACAUUAAGAUCUUACGUUGGUCUCUUGAGGUUAGAAGACGUACUUCGUGCUCAUCCAUUUUAUUUCAAGGCUGCAAAAUGUGCGAUGGAGGUUUACCUGCGUUUACACGACUAUCCUUUGCCAGAUCCAACACAGACACAAGAAAUCGAUACGGAAAAUUUGGCACCGUCUGAGUUGAAGAAGCUUAGGAACAAACAAAGGAAACAACGUAGGAAGGCAGAAUUAGAAAGACAACAGGCUGCGCAAGCUCAAGAAAAAAGAGAACAACAUAACAAAUCUCGACAACAAACAGAUCCUGAUUUAGAACAACCUACAUUGGACGAACUUAUUCCAGAGAAAUUGGAAAGGGUUGAAGAUCCUUUGGAACAAGCGAUAAAGUUUUUACAACCACUUCAGGAUCUGGCAUCAAAUAGAAUAGAAACGCAUCUAAUGGCUUUUGAAAUCUACAUUCGUAAAGGUCGUACUCUGUUAAUGUUGCGGUCAAUAAAGCGUGCUCAUAGGCUGGACGCGAAUAAUCCAGAUCUCCAUACGUGUUUGGUGCGAUUUUUAUUAAAUACAAGUCGUUUGUCGUUGGAGGGUGCGGUAGGUGAAGUUGUGAAGCGACAGACGGCAGACAUAUUCUCAGAUUCGACGGCGGUACAACUGAAUGCGGAAUACUUGAAGAAAAAUAGGAACUCUCUGCCGCAUUUGCUUCAAGGUGCAAGAAUGUUGUACCUCUUAGACCCUUCGGCUCAAGCGAGAGCCUUGUCUCUUGUUACGAAUACGGAUGAACUUGAAAAUGUGACGCUUAAGAAUUGCACGAAGGUGCUCGAAUCAAUGCAAAACGGUGACUUUGGUUACUGCGAUAGUACGAUAGCCGAGUUUAUAUCAAAAUGUCACAAACUUUUCCCUUAUGCUACUGCGUUUCGGCUGCAGGAAACAAAACCUACUGCCAAUCAUCAAGACAAGGAGAAUUCUAUUAAGAACUGAUCCAGGUACGCGCUAUCUAGCGUCGUAUAACUGGCUUGCUACGUAGUUAGGCGAGGCAAUCGUGAGAGGUGAAAUAUCGAAACUUAUCGAUCUACGUCGAAAGAUUAACAAAAAAAAAAAAAAUAUUCAAUUUAGGAAUUAACGAGAGAGAGAGAGAGAGAGAGAGAGAGAG